UUGGCCCCUUGCAAAUCAUGUGUUCGGAUUAUCGGAUAUACACAGACAUACACGCAGGGGAGCGCUUCCUGUUGGUCUCUUCCAUUAUUUCAUUCAUUUGUUCUGUGAUGAUCAUGCCAUUCACUUGCAGACACUCUACCAUUCACUGCCUUCUUUCUCCGUUCUGCAUAUAAGUACCAGAAAUUCACCUUCUUGUAGAGUAUCAGAAAUGGUGCCCCUCGAAUGGAUGGAUGUCUCUUCCACGGUGGUUCGGCAUUCACUGUUUCGAGUUUCGGCUUCUGGGUAGGGAGAUUUCUUAGAGUAUUUGCUUGCCGGAGCGGUUGCCUGUCGAGAGGGAGCAAUAUUGGAGCCAAGAGGUUCGCGUUUACUGAAUUUCGGAAGGUGGGCACGAGUGUUUUCUGGAGGUACCCUAUUCCUAGAAUGGAGGAGUUUGAGGAGAAGAAAGAGGUGAUGGAGGAAAAGGUGGCUGAGGUUAGGGCUGAUAGGGGUGAGGAGCUCGGGGAGAGUGGUUGUGAUUCGGAGAGUUCAGCAUGCUGUGGAAGCACUGAGGAACGAGGUAGCUCCGGGGAUUCGUCUUCUACGGACUGGCCGACUGGGAACAAAGAGGGAAGCAGCUGCUCCGUUGGUGGCAACGUUUGUGAGGAAAAGGAUACCCAUUUUCAAGAAGAGAACAAAGAUGAGAAGUUUUCAGAAAUUGAGAUGAUGAAAGAAAGGCUCUCUAAGUUGUUGCUCGGGGAAGACAUGUCAGGUUGUGGGAAGGGUGUCUCCACCGCUCUAGCUAUAUCAAAUGCCAUUACCAAUCUGUGUGCCACUGUCUUUGGCCAACUGUGGAGAUUAAAGCCCCUGCCUCCAGAAAAAAUGUCAAUGUGGCAAAAAGAAAUGGAAUGUCUUACCUGUGUUAGCGAUCACAUUGUUGAACUAAUCCCCUCCUGGCAAACAUUACCGGAUGGAACUAAGUUGGAGGUAAUGACAUGCAGACCACGUUCAGAUCUUUAUAUCAAUCUUCCUGCUUUGCGGAAACUUGACAAUAUGCUGCUUGAAAUCUUGGACAGUUUUAGCGACACCGAGUUCUGGUAUGUUGAUCAAGGUAUUGUAGCACCUGGCCCUGACAACUUUGGAAGGCCCGGCAGGCGCCAAGAGGAGAAAUGGUGGCUACCUGUCCCUAGGGUUCCUCCCUGUGGUCUGCAUGAGAAAUCUAGAAAGCAAUUGCAACACAAACGUGAAUGCACGAAUCAAAUACUUAAAGCUGCAAUGGCAAUAAAUGACAAUGCUUUAGCGGAAAUGGAGGUUCCCGAAAGCUACUUGGAGUCUCUUCCAAAGAAUGGGAGAUCAAGCUUAGGGGAUGUGAUAUAUAGGUAUAUAAUUUCAGAGCAAUUUUCUCCCGAUUGCCUUCUUGAUUGCCUAGAGCUGUCUUCGGAGCACCAAGCUCUUGAAAUUGCAAACCGUGUUGAGGCAUCCAUCCAUAUAUGGAGAAGAAGAUCCAAUACGAAACCCAUUAACACCUCAGGCCGUUCUAGUUCAAAAUCCUCGUGGGAUAUGGUUAAGGACCUGAUGAUGGACGCCGAUAAAACUGAACUACUUGCAGGAAGAGCCGAGAGCCUGUUGCUUUGCUUGAAGCAGAGAUUCCCUGGUCUUCCACAGACUGCCUUGGAUAUGAGCAAAAUUCAAUACAAUAAGGAUGUUGGGAAAUCCAUUCUCGAAAGCUAUUCUAGAGUUCUGGAGAGCUUAGCAUUCAACAUCAUAGCUCGGAUUGAUGAUCUUCUCUAUGUGGAUGACUUGACUAAACAUGCUGAUCAGCUUUCCUCUGUAUCUGCGGUCAGUGUCAUAGCACAUAAGAAGGUCUCCCUCCCCUACUCUGUUUCUGUAUCUUCUACACCGCAUUCAUCUGCUUUCACUACUCCAAGUGCCACCAGAGCACCACUAGUCAGCCCUGCAAUGGUAGUAUCCCCAUUUGUAAACGGCAAGCCCUCUUCUCGUGGGUUUGGCGUAAAGAAGGUUCUGACGGAUUAUCUUGGUGGUGAUGCCAAGGGGAAGAACGACCGUGACAUUGUAAAUUCUGUCAGUGGCAAAAGUGGAAGCAUGAGGAGUCGGAAGGAAACAGUUGAUAUCAUAGCUCGUGGCUGACCAACAAUGCCGUUCCUCAUGUUUGCUUCCUCUUUUUAACGAUGUCAAGUUUGUUAAUGGCGAACUGUGUAAGAAGCUUAUGAAUUCGUUGUCUAAUGUCUACUCUUCACGUUGGAGGAGGUUCGAAUUUAGUGAAAGCAUUAAAAGUUUGUACGA